CUGCUUGUCCAUCUGUCUGUCCGUCUUUCAGUCAGUACCAUGGCACCAAAGCUAAAGGCGAAUUGGAUAGCAGCGUUUCUGAAAUCCCGAUGUAUCAGUGUGCAGCACAGUAUCCCAUCGCCUACCGCGUGUCCCCUGAAAGCCGAGGGGCCCCCGGCUCAACUCUCCAACCCCCAUUCGGUGUCUGCUUUACCCGGACCCACCAGCUGGCCGCUUCUGGGAAGUCUGCCGGAUAUCUUAAGAAAAGGAGGCCUGAAAAGGCAGCACAAGGCGCUGGCAGGUUACCACCGGCAGUUUGGUAAAAUUUUCCGUAUGAAGCUUGGAUCGUUUGACUCGGUCCACAUUGGAGCCCCAUGUCUCCUGGAAGCGCUCUACAGAGAGGAAAGCAACUAUCCGCAGAGACUGGAGAUCAAGCCAUGGAAAGCCUACCGGGACUAUCGCGACGAGGCGUACGGACUUCUCAUUCUAGAAGGCAAAGACUGGCAGAGGGUGAGAAGCGCUUUCCAGCAGAAGCUAAUGAAGCCGGCAGAAGUUGGCAAAUUACAUUCCAAAAUUAAUGAGGUUUUGAUGGACUUUGUUCAGCGAAUUGACAGCGUUUGUAACCAAGAUGGAAGAAUUGACGAUUUGUAUUGUGAACUAAAUAAAUGGUCCCUCGAAAGUAUUUGCUUCGUUCUCUACGAGAAGAGAUUUGGAUUUUUGGAGCCAAAUCUGGGAGAAGAAGCCUUAAACGUCAUCACAGCCAUAAAAACCAUGAUGAGCACGUUCGGUAUGAUGAUGGUGACACCCGUCGAAUUCCAUCAAAGUUUGAACACCAGAGUGUGGAAGGAGCACACCCGCGCUUGGGACAGUAUUUUCCAAACAGCUAAAUGUCACAUAGACAGAAGACUGACGAAGCUGUUGUCAAAAGACACGGAGGAUUUCCUCUGCACCAUUUACAACGACAGCAAAUUAACCAAGAAAGAGAUCUAUGCGACUAUCACUGAGAUGCUGAUCGGAGCCGUUGAAACUACUGCCAAUAGUUUACUUUGGGCCAUAUUUAACAUUUCCCGAAACCCACAAUUCCAAAAAAAACUUUAUGAAGAAAUCCAGCAUGUGCUGGCACCCGAUCAAAUACCAAGUGCAGAAGACAUCAGAAAUAUCCCUCUCCUAAAGGCUUGCAUGAAGGAGUCUAUGAGGAUAACCCCUUCUGUGCCGUUCACAACUCGUACUCUCGAUAAAGAAACUGUUCUGGGGGAAUACAUGCUGCCCAAAGGCACGGUUCUGACCAUAAACAGCCACGUUUUGGGAUCCAGCGAGGAACAUUUUGAUGACUGGAAAACAUUUAAACCAGAACGUUGGCUUCAGGAGAAGAGCUCUAUCAAUCCUUUUUCUCACAUUCCCUUCGGUAUCGGGAAAAGGAUGUGUAUAGGCAGACGGCUAGCCGAACUACAGCUGCAAUUAACUCUUUGUUGGCUUGUCAGAAGAUAUAACAUUGUAGCCACCGACACGGACCCGGUGGAGACAAUACACUCGGGGACAUUAAUGCCCAGCAGACAGCUGCCCGUCGCAUUCAUCCGGCGCUAGCUGAAGGUU